GGCUGAUCGAAGAUCCAGGUUGUGGGUUGUGUGUCUUGUUGGUCGCGGUGAAUUUUGUGGAUUGUUCCUGCACCUAGCCUUUUCUCCCAUACUACUGAUAGAAAUGGAAUCCACACCCAAGUCUUCGCGGAAAGAGUCUGAUAAUUCUUUCCAGAAUUAUGAUGGCUUUUCAGACAUACCGCCAGCGCUUGAUUUCCAGACGUUCCAAAACGGUUCGUACGGCUAUACAACCGACGGAUACCCACAGGGACAGUACAUGCCAGCAAAUCCGUACGGCGGUAACCCAGGGACGCCGAUCAUCUUUACACCAUCUUCCUACGAUCAGCCUUUUUCCGCCACUUCUACGCACGAUGGAGACUCUGAGUUUGAUGAACCACCCUUGCUGGAUGAACUGGAAAUCUAUCCGCGACGUAUAUUGGAAAAAUCGCUCGCCGUUCUGAAGCUCUUCCACACCAACGGCAUAAAUGAAACGUCAGACUACUGGUUCAAGGAAACUGAUUUGGCGGGACCGAUCUUUUUCUGUCUUAUAUUAGCUGCCUGCCUUUCCAUAUCGGCCAGUAAAGCCCAGUUUGGGUACAUUUACGGUUUAUCCGCGAUAUCGGUGAUGGUCAUGUACUGCUUGAUAUAUCUGAUGGGUCACAAACCUGAAUCGUUCGUUUCAUUGGCCGGAGUUGCUAGCGUGCUGGGAUACAGCAUGCUGCCGAUCGUUGGGCUCUCUAUCGUGGCAGUCAUAUUCUCCAUGAACAACCUGUACGGUAUGGUGGUCGCUGGGCUGGUAAUUCUAGUGGCAUCGAUGAGUGCCAGCCGAUUUUUCUGCAUGAUGACGGGUAAUCCACAUCAACGAUACUUGCUCGCUUAUCCUUGCGCUUUGCUCUAUGCUAUGUUUACGCUACUAGUUCUCUUUUAAAACGAUUUGCAUGUUUUUCUUAUGUGUAUAUAAAUUAAAGUAUGGCUAAAUUCUCCAACCAAAAUGUGCAUUCUCAGGAACGGUUUGGCACUCUAAUUAUUCACUUAUUUGGUCAAAUGUUCAGCAGAUAGCGUUUGAUUAAAGCAUCGGAGAAUAAACGUUUAGUGUUGCUGGGAAGAUUUGAGAAUACAAGAAGCGCAUGAGAGUUUAAAGAAAUAAAAUAAGCAUUCAAAGUAUUGAGCAUUAAAACAAAGAAAAGCUUG